AUGUCCGCUACAGCUCCGACAAACGCCGCCGCCGGCGCUGCACCCUCCACCACCGACGACUCUGCCUCAACCAUCACUGUCAACACAAAGACGCCCAAUUUCCCUCCCCCAAAGACGGACAAACCCCGUCCUCACGUCUGCGGUACCUGCACUCGUUCAUUCGCUCGAUUGGAACAUCUCAAGCGACACGAGCGCUCUCACACAAAGGAGAAGCCUUUUGAGUGCCCCGAGUGUUCAAGAUGCUUCGCUCGCCGUGAUUUGUUGCUGCGUCAUCAGCAAAAGCUGCACCAGAGCUCGACGCCAGCAUCCCGCCCUCGUAAUCGUCGUGAGUCUACAACUGGCGUCGCUCCUGGUCAGAGCCGUGCUCGAAAGAACAGCGUCGCUGGUAAUGUAGCAGCUGCCGCUGCUGCCGCUGUUGCACCAGCUUCAAAUGCCGCGUCAAACACAAUGCGUCCGCGAGCCAAUACCAUCAGCCACAUUGACGUUUCGGCUUUGCAGAUGAACUCUGCCAAUCCGUCUGUGGCUCGCGGUAUCCCUCACGGCCACACUCACAGCAGACAUCCAAGUCUUGCCGGUUUGCCAAUCCACAACAUGGAUCAUUUCUUUGGUGGCAUGUCCAAUGCUAUGGGCCAGCGGUCUAUGCAACCCGGCAUCCCUAAGCUUGACGCAGGAGCUUUCAAUAGCAUGGACUUUGUUAACCCUCUCAGGACAGCGCCCUCAUUGUCUGCCUUCAGUACCGAGUUCGAGUUUGAGAACAUGCUCUUUGGUGGAACGACAGUCAACCCCAACAACCUCCAUUACAGCGAUUCACCACAGGCGAUGAACUUGGAACAGACGUCGCCUUUCGGAAAUGGGAUUGAUGGAAUGCACACGAAUCAAAACUUCGACGAUAGCAUUGACUGGUUGACCGGGUUUGAACACCAGAUGUCAUUCGCGAACGAAAAUGUGAUUGACGGAUCUAGUCCGUCCGCAAUCAGCACGACGAGUCAGAGUGGGAUUAGCGAUGUUAUGUUGGAUGGGUCGAAUCAUCCCGCGCCGGCUGGGACGAGUGCCAUGUGGCAACAGCCUGUGAUGGCACCUCCACAGAUGCCAACGAACCCUUUUGCGAUGGAUCUGAAUUCAGUCUUUCCGGAUCUCCUCAACGGAGCACCGUUAUCACCUCAGCCAGCUACUCAAAAGAUCAAUGACCCUUACUUCUCUACGCCUCCACCCUCGUUGAGCUCGUUGAGUCCCUCUGUUGUGACGGGGCUCAACACGCAGAACAUUAACCAGACUCUUGGCUUCAACGCCGGCCCGGAGACGCCAUCCUCCCUAAAUGGAGGCAACCACGGCGCUUCGCCCGUGACCACCAUUACAGAUGCCACCCGGCAUGCCAUAGUGAACAUCCUGUCCCAGUGCCUGCCCUUUGGGGGUCGUAAAUAUUCCUUUACUUCUCAAGGCUCACCUCAAUCUCCUCUUUCACAGACUGCCCCUCCUCAAGCAGCCAAUUUGCCCAGUACUCAGGACCUCCAGCGAUAUGUUGGUGCCUAUCUAGCUUAUUUCCACCCUCACUUGCCUUUCCUGCAUCUUCCAACAUUGUCCUUCGAUAUGCCUCUUUCCAAUAGUCGCCCAGGUGUAGGUGGUAGUGGUUGCCUUAUUUUGUCCAUGGCCGCCAUCGGCGCGCUCUACGAGAUGGAAGUUACCGUAUCCCGAGAGCUGUUCGAAAUGGCCAAGAAAAUGAUUUUCUUCUAUCUUGAGGAACGGCGAAAAGCCGAUGUUCGAAAGGCUGAUAUUCGUCGAAGUACUCCGACUGACCACAGCAACGAUGGAGGUGUCCACACUCCAGUGUGGCUCGUUCAGGCGAUGCUUCUGAACGUGGUCUAUGGCCAUAACUGCGGCGACAAGACUGCCAGCGAUAUCGCUUCAACUCACUGCGCCGCUCUUGUCAGCCUCGCUCAAGCAGCUGAUCUUCUUCGGCCCGGUCGUCCCAACGCCUCUGACGGCCACGACGUUCAGAUGACCGAAGACGGGAACUGGAACCCCAACAUGGAGGCCGAUCAAACCGAGUGGCUCCGAUGGAAGUCGGGAGAAGAGAGAAAGCGAACUUUAUACGCCGUCUUUAUACUUUCCAGCCUCUUGGUCUCCGCCUACAACCACACUCCGGCGCUAACUAACUCGGAAAUAUUCCUGGACCUUCCUUGCGAUGAGGAGUUCUUCUCGGCCGAAUCGAGCGCUGUGUUCCAUGCACGAGGUGGAGCAGAGGCUGCGGAUCACAACAGAAUGACAUUCCACGAUGCAUUGGGUGAUCUCCUUCAUGCCAACGACAAGCCGCAUCAAUUUGCUACGAACGGACAAUUCGAUCCCUCAGUGGAUGGUAGAGAUCUCAUGGCAUCGCCACUCCGCACCAGCACAUUCGGUUCGCUAAUUCUCAUUAACGCGCUUCACAACUAUAUCUGGGAGACACGACAGCGACACCACAAUAAGUCUUGGACAAACGAGGAGACAGAGAAGAUGCACAGGCACAUUGAGCCUGCUCUUAAGGCAUGGCAGGCAGCCUGGGCAAACAAUCCUCAUCACAGUGUUGAGCGCCCAAACCCUUUUGGCCAGGGUCCUUUGUCAGCUGAUGCGAUUCCUCUGCUUGAUUUGGCGUAUAUCCGACUUUUCGUGAACCUUGGGCGCUCAAAGGAGAAGUUUUGGCAACGAGAUUGGGACGGAAUGGCCGAGGAGCUCUCUCGUGGCAACGAGAUUGUUCAGCAUGCGGAGCAAUCGCCUAUCUCAAACUCUGAAUCUGGUAGCACCGAGCCCUCAGAUAACUCCAACAGCUCCGGAUUCGUGGAAUCGCCUGCGACUCAAAUGUCAUUAAUGGAUUUUUCAAACGCCAAGCAUCCUUCUCUCCAACCAGGAUCCUCCUUGUCAGGUCAUGCUACUUCUCGGCGCGAGAAGCAUCUUCGAAAGGCUGCCUUUUAUGCCGCAGAUUCACUCGCUAUGUCCGACAAGCUCGGUGUUACAUUUGCCGACUUUACAAGUAGGGAGCUUCCGCUUCAAUCUGCCCUCUGCACCUUUGACUGCGCCCAGGUUCUCGCAGAAUGGAUCGCCACGCUACAGGAUCGGGUUGGCUGCUACCUUGGCAUUCUCGGCAAGGACACAGUCGAUCUUACAGAUGUGCACGCCAUCAUGCUUUUGGAAGAGGAAGAUGUCAAGUUACUUGGCAAAGUCCAGGAGGUCUUGUCCUCUGCAGAGAUCAAGAUGAACAUGCUGAGCGGACAGGAAGCCAACAUGGACAUGGAUGGUUACAGUGGCUAUGCUGCGAAGCUACUUCGAAUCACUGCCAUGAUGCUAGACAAGGCAGCGGUUUGGCCAGUGACACGGCUCAAGGCUCGAUGCCUGGAGGCACACGCAAAUUUCAUGCGAACUCGUGCUGAGAGAUCGAUUGUUCCUCAGCAUGACUCACGAGUAUGA